AUGUGGAAUCGUUCACGUCAACUCUCUUUAGUAUGUCCAUUGAAUUUUAGCGUUUUGCGCUGCAGCAUGCGACGAAAGAUUAUUUCUGCUGUUUCUACUACUACUACUACUACUCCUAGUAGUGAGAUGGCAACAUCAUAUCCUUCUUCAAGAGUAGGGAUAAAUAUGUACGGUGCAAAGGGCUAUGACUUUGUAGAUGCAUUCUAUGCUAUGGGACCAAAUGCUGCACUUGGUAGAUUAAAAGCAAAUCUUAGUUUAUAUGGUAUUUUGGGUUUUACUGCUCUCACUGUUGUUGUGUACUUUUUCACAACACGUAGCUACACACUUUCAACAUGUCCAUAUCCUGUAAGUGAUGCUCGUUAUCAAGUGUUUUCCAGUAACUAUGCGGUCCUUAGAAACCGAUGGAAUGGUAAAGAACGAGUGGUGGAAGUAUUUAAUAAUGAUGGUGAUUCAGCAAUUGUAACAAAACGUAUUAGUGUUAAUUGGCUUAUUUAUAGUGUACGUUUGUACUUGCAUGCCACUGAAUCUAUUGUAGUUGUAGAUGUUGGGCCAGAACUUUCGAUAAACCGCUUCGUAACGGGAGAAAAUCGUUGGCUUAGUUCUACUUCUACUACUACUAAUUUUCCUUCUCAAUCAGGAACGUCAAAAAAAGAAGAAAAUGGCUCCGAUAUGCAAAUUGUGUUCCAUACUACGAUUAGACCUCUCGCUGUGCGCAACAGCUACCAAAAAGGCACUCUACCAAUUUAUGAACGAACACUGGAGUCAGUAGUACGUGAGUUAUUAACAGAACAUUAUCGAAAAACUAUCUUAUUACAGGCAGAACCAGGUCUUUCCUCUACUGUUACGGAAGAAUUGUUGCAAAAUGGGCAGCUUAAAGGGAAAAACUUGAGUGGGAUGAAAGUAAUUGGAAAUCCUGAUGAAUUUGCAGAUGAGGUGCAACAGCGGGUUCAAAAGAAGAUGGGAGAUCAAGUGAUACUACUUCAGUGUAGCAUGACUGUUCUCUGA